AAGUUCAAGUUACCAACUUGCGACACAUUGUCAGUUGUCACAUUGGAAAAGGGCAGGUAGCAACUGAAUCUUAGCUUAGACUAGUACUUACCGGUUCCGGUUGCAACUUGCAGUUAAAAACUGCUGAUUGCCGUAGAUUGUUGUGUGGGUUAUAUUAAUUUUAAGUUCGCUUUAAGAUUUUACUGCUGAAUUUGUGUUUCAUUAAUAUCUUAAGUGACUAAUUACGAAGUGAACCGCGGGGGAAACAUUGAUCAAAAAAUAAGCUAUGGAGGAGUCCAAAGUGCGGGCAUUUUACUCGGGCAAGAAUAUCUUCAUCACUGGGGGGACAGGGUUCGUGGGACUGUGCCUCAUCGAGAAGAUCCUGCGAUGUAUCCCGGACGCGGGGAAGAUAUACCUACUGAUGCGGGAGAAGAAAGGAAAGCAGAUAGCAGAGAGGUUGAAAGAGUUUCCUGAACAUCCGGUGUUCCAGAAGCUUCUAGAGUCAAAGACAACAGACGUGUUCAGCAAACUAGUGCCGAUUGCAGGCGACGUCGGCUCGGAGCGCCUGGGCCUUCGCCCAGAAGACCGCCAGCUGCUCACCAACGACGUCAACGUGGUCAUCCAUUCCGCAGCGACACUGGACUUUGAGGAGAAUCUCAAACCGACGGUCAAUAUUAAUGUCUUGGGGACGAGAAGAGUCCUUGAGCUGUGCAAAGAAAUCAAGGAUUUGAAGGCUAUGGUGCACGUGUCGUCAGCAUAUGUUAGCUCUUAUCUGAAGGAAGCUGAGGAGGUUGUGUACGAGAGUCCAGCAGACGUGGAGAGCGUCAUCAAACUGGUGGAGAAGUUGACGGAUGAAGCCCUAAAUGAUAUAGAGAGGACCAUUCUUCGCAGCCACCCAAAUACCUAUACGUUUACGAAGCACCUCGCCGAGCACGAGGUCAAAGCAAGCUCGCAGCUGUUCCCCUGCGCCAUCGUCAGACCCUCGAUGAUUGUUGCGUCAUGGAAGGAGCCUGUUCCUGGCUGGACCUGCUCCAAGGUCGGCCCGCAGGGGUUCCUGAUGGGAGCUGCUAAAGGCGUGGUGCGUCGCUUGCCGCUGGCCGCGGAGAACAUCGCGGACUACAUCCCAGUGGACGUGGUAGUGAACCACCUGCUAGUAGCGGGAUGGCACGCCACACACAAGGCCGGUCUGUCCGUAUACCACUGCACCUCGUCCACUCAGAACCCGUUCCGCUGGAGCAUGCUGGAGUCAUCCGUCAACGAUAUCCUUCACAACUACCCGCUCAACAGCGCUGUCUGGUACCCUCAUCUUCAGUUCGUACCAUCUCUACUCAUGUUCCGCAUCAGCGCCAUAUUUGUCCACUUCCUGCCCGCUGUACUGUUGGACAUGAUGCUACGUCUGACCGGGGGACGACCCAUAUUGUUUCGCCUUCACAAGAACGUGUGGAACUCUCUAAGUCGGCUCGAGACGUUUAUAUUCAGCGAGUGGCGCUUCCACAACCCCAACUCCAGGAAACUGGCUGAGGAGCUCAACGAACAAGACCAGCAGCUGUUCUUUAUCAACAUAUCUACUAUUUAUUGGCUGGAGUACUUCGUGAAUCUGCACCUCGGGGUGAGGAAAUAUCUCAACAAAGAGACGGAGAAGACUAUUCCUGCUGCCAAGAGGAAACAAACCAUUCUCCAUGUGUUACACUACGUUUGGCAGCUAGGGAUAUUGUCUCUGGUGUGGUUCGUGAUCUCCAGUGCUACCGGACUCACUGGCCUGCACACCUUGUGGCUCGUCCCGCUCAUAUACUUCCUUUACACCUUCCUCUAAAACCUUGGGGUUUAUCUGCAGGAAUGGGAUUACUAUUUGUGAAUAAACAAUUUAAACAGGGUUAUAUAACUGCCUGGUUAUAUAUUAUAUUAAUUAUUGAUAAUUUUCUGGAUUGUAUGUUUACUAGAAAAAAUAUCAUGUUACAUAGAAUAAGUUACUAAUUCUUUGAUAUUUUGUUGUUAUAUAAAUCAGUGGGAGGCUCCUUUACACAGGAUGCCAGCUAUAUUAUGGGUAUUACCACAACGGCGCCUUUUUCUGCUGUGAAGCAGUAAUGUGUAAGCAUUACUGUGUUUCGGUGUCAAGGGUGCCGCGUGAAAUUACUGGAAAAAAUGAGAUUUAACAUCUUAUGUAUAAAGGUGACUAGCACAAUAUUAGUGCCGCUCAGAGUUAUCGGGUUUUUCAAUAAUCCUGAGCGGCACUGCAUAGUAAUGGCAGGUUGUAUCAAUUACUAUCAGCUGAACGCCCUGCUCGUCUCGUCCCUUAUUGUCAUAAAAAAAUAUAUAGUCAUACACUACCGCGCCAUACUUACCGCUUGCACGCAACUACCAAUCAAUAAGAAUGUCAAUCAAAUAAACUGUCAAUGUCUGUGUCAAACGUGUGUUGGCUAAUGUCAUUCAUGACAUUGAUUAUAAAUGCCAAAUUUAUAUUAUCACAAGUAGUUUUCGAUUGGUUUAAUUAUUGUAAAAUUUUCGACACAUUAAAUGUGCGAUUGUGUACAAUUUUUAACAAGUUCCAAACUUUACCUAAGCAGAUUAUAUUUACUGGCAAAUAAUAAUAAACUGCACAAAUAAAAUUUUUACGUUAUGGCAAUCUUAUUCAGUCGUUUCACUUCCAAUGGCUGAAAAAGGCUCAAGGCCUUAAAAGCCGUUUAAAAUAGGCAAUAAAAAUAUACUUUCAACUAAAGUGUUCCGCUAGCUUUUAAUUAAAUGGUAUUUUUACAUGAGAUAAUAAAAAAUAAUUAUUAUUUUAUUAAUCAUGGGAAUCCUCAUACCAUACUCCAUUUUUUGUUAUUAUUAUAAUACUUAUAAUUAAACACUAAAUUAUUAAGUUGAUAUUUUAUUAUUUUACCUUAUAAUUUGAUGGUUUAAUGCUACUAACAAAAUGAAAAUUAUUUGGUUUUCAUACAACAAUAUACCUACAUAUAACGGAUAUUUUAUUACGAAAAAUUGUGUUUAUUGAGUCCGUACCACCAGUCUUAAUGCCACAAAUAAUAAUAAAAUAAAUAAGUAAAUUUUUUUUUUCACUAGAUUCCUUAAUAUAUAUUCUAAUAUUAUAAAGCUGCAGUGUUUGUUUGUUUGUUUGAACGCGCUAAUCUCUGGUACUACUGGUCCGACUUGAAUGAUUCUUUCAGUGUUGGGUAGUCCAUUUAUCGAGGAAGGCUAUAGGCUGUGUUUUUUUUUUCAAAAUUAGGGAUCCGUAAUAAAAUUGCUAUUUUGUAACACAAGGUGUAAAAUCGAAAACCUAUUUUUGCGUGCGCUGCAAAAACUAUUGACAAUAGAACAAAAUGAUGUACAGGCUAUAAUAUAGGCAAUAUUUUAUUACUUAUAAAACUAUCGCGUGAAUUAUACUUUAUAUGGCAAAACAACGUUUGCCGGGUCAGCUAGUUUACUUAUAAUUUACAAUCAUGGCUUUUUUUACAUAAACAUCUCAUCAUUUUUCAAUGAAAACAAUUGCCAUUUUGCACACUUGUGGUACUGAGUAUAACUCUUUGUAAUUGUCUGAGCAAAUUACGAGAUGGAUAUAUAUAUAGAUUUUUAUGAAAAAUAAACAAGUUAACACCUGGUUUAAAAACUGAUUAUUAAAUAUCAUUUAGAAAGCUAUUGUGAUGUUUUUUUCUCUUCUAAGAUAGGCCUGGGUCGCGUUUUAUAAUUAUUUUAAUAAUAAUAUCAGAGUAUUUUAUAAAUUAAACAUUUGUAGCAUUUAGUCGUGGGGGAGUUACUCUCAUAUUAUAUUUACACUUGUUACGUUUUUGCUAUAAUUACCAUAAAGAUUCUGUAAUAAAUUCCAUACAUUAGGUAAUUAUUAGUUAGGUAUUUUAUACGAGCGCCCACGAACAAACACUAGAUAUAAUCAGCUUUACGAAUAAACUUGGUAUGAAGGUGAGAACAAACUAUGAAUAUGCGAUAAAUAGAUAUUUGUAUGUUUACAAAUAGACAUUUUACUUAUGAUUGGUUUAUUCCCGCGUUUAUUAGCAAGGCUGCUCGACAUUCGGAAAACUUCUGAAUUAUCAUUGUAUUGACGGUGUCAGCGAUGCAGGCAACAUUUUGCAUAUUCUUCGUUUAUUCUCAGGUAUAACUUAAACCAAGUUUAUUUGUAAGGCCGUACAGGUAUACAUUAUAAACAUCAGGAAAUCUGCAUUGUAGGAAUUUUCUGACUGUCUCUGUGUUAUUAAUAAACGCGAACUAAAGUUAUUCCAAUUUUAAAACCUUUUGUCUUUAUCUUCCUUUGUCAAUACAGAAUUACAUGACAGGGCAAAGUAAUUUUAAACUAGGAAUAACUUUAUAUUGCGUUUAUUAAUAUGACAAUACAAGAUUAAAUACAAGAAUAUUCAUUAUUCGGUAUGGUAUUCAUGUGGAAAUAUAUACAAUAUUUAAAUGAUAACCGUCCAUUUUGUACAAUUAUGUUAUACCGGCUGUAAAUCAAGACAGGGGAGAUGUUCAGUGCUUUGUAUUCAAGGCCUUAUAUAAAAGUGGUCUUAGUAAUAUAUUAUAGAGAUGAUUUUAUGGUUGUAUCAAUAGGAAAUGUAGUGAGGCUUGGUCAAAAUUAUAGAGUAAUUAUAUAUUAUCGUAUAGACAACAAACAAACCGUGCGAGAGGGAAGAAAGAAAAUCUCUAACGGAUAUACAGCUAAAGGAUAGUGAAUCUAUUGUUACUAUAACCGACUUUGAAUAACAAGUGGUAAAUUGCAUUCAUCGACGCUUGGAAUUAGCUAUCUUGAUUAUCUUAAUAUAUAAAAAUUACGUGACACGUUGUUUGUCCGCGAUGGACUCCUAAACUAAUGAACGGAUUUUAAUUUUUAUUGGUCGUAGUCGAGUCGUAAUAAUAUAGUAUAACAUAAAAUGUUAGCUUGUGACAAUAAACUAUAUUUUUAUAAA